ACCCUAGUCACAACAACAAGUCGAGCCGCCGGCGUUAAUUGGUCAGCCACGCGCACGCAUCUGAACCAAAAGCGGCGGGGACAACGGCGGCGACGAGAAUGGAAGACACGGCGCCGGUCCGCCGGCUUCCCGAGGACACCAUCGCCGACAUCCUGCUCCGCCUGCCGUCCAAGUACAUCCUCCGCUCCGGCGCCGUGUGCAGGGCCUGGCGCCGCGUCACCACCGCCCCGCACUUCCUCGCCGCGCGCGCGCGCCGCCAGCAGCCUGUUUCGAUCCUCGCGCACGCGUACCUGCCCGCGGCGCCAUGGGCGUGCAGCGACGGCGGCCUCAGCUCCGAGGACACCGCGCUGGAAGCGCUCCCGGUCGCCUCCCUCGAGGACGACCGGCGCCGCCUCGUCCGCUACCCCGCGACCAUCCCGGCGCACUGCGGCCGCCUGCUCGCCUCGUGCGCCGGCGCGCUGCUGUUCAAGAAGGCCACGGGGCUCUACCUCCUCUGCGACCCCGUCGCGAGGAAGUGGGCCGAGCUGCCGCGGCUGCCCGACGACUACUGCAGGGACGCCGACCCGGAGUACGGCUUCUACUUCCACCAGCCGUCCGGCGAGUUCCGGCUCCUCUGCUGCAGCCUCACGAGCCGCAUCUGGUACAUCGUCUCCACUGGCGCCGUCGGGCCCCGGCACCUGAAAGCGAACCCCGACCCCGACCUCAUCACCCGAUUCGUACGCCCCCUGCUCACGACGGCGGCGAUACCCGUGGCUCUUCACGGCAACUUGCACUGGCCGGCACUGUGGCUCUGCGCCGGCGGCGAGACGAGGAUCACGGCUUUCAACACGGUGUCGGAGACGUUCCAACAAAUGGCCGGGCCGACGUCGAGGACGCCCAGGAUGGUGAAGCUGUUCGAGAUGGAAGGGCUGCUCGCGGCGGCCGACUUUGGGGAGGAGAAGCACGUCGACCUCUGGUUCCUCGAGGACUACACUGGCGAGAUGUGGGCGCACCGCCACCGGGUCGCCUCGCCGUGGAAACAUGGCAGCCAAGGAAGGCCGCGUAAUCACUGGGGUAUGCAGUCUGUGGCCGUGGCGGGCGACGACGAAGGCAACGUCAUCGUCGGCAACAACGACGGGUUAGUAGGUAUAGCACGAGGAUGAGGAAGACGGUCAGGACCGUCGACUCGGCGGUGCAGGGGAAGAACAGGGUGUUCGUGUCAAUGCAUGUGUUCAAGGGGAGCCUUUUGCAACACCCGUGCUUCGUCGCGCCGACUUCCGCCGACUUCCCGUUGAUCCACUCCUGGAGCUAAGUAAUCGCUGGGUGUUGAGUCCAGUGGUAUCGUGGAUGUGGAGAACAUUCUAAAAGUUAAUUGAUAUGGUUUUCACUUCCUAAGCAUUUAGCAACUUUUGUUUGCUUUAAAAAGAUGUGGCAAUUUGCAUUGGAUGUACAAUUUAUCUGAAAAAUCACGCGAGGCUUUUU